UAAAUAUAGAACAUGCAGGUGUAGAAACAAAUACUAGAAACCCUGUCCUGCAUAAAUGGUUUUUCACAAUAAUAACGCCGCUUAAGAGAGCACACCAAUAUAUAGCCAAUGCAAAUAUUUUUUAAAUUUAUUCAGAUGUUUACUGGAACGAAUGGUGAUAGAACAAACGUUCCAGAUAUUCUUAUCCUCUACACGGAUGGGGAAGCGAGUGACAAAGACUUACAGUUCAAAGAAGCGGAACAGCUUAAGAAAAAUGGUGUUAAAAUAAUCUGUGCUGCCUUUGGCGAACCGUCAACCGUUCAACAAUUUCUUCCUGAUCUUCAAGCAAUGGCCAGUCCUUCUUGCAAAGGCACGGGCAAGCUCGUUUUUCAGGCCGAAUUUGACAAGCUGGAUACAAUCGUAAAUACAAUAGUGGCGGAGGCAUGUAAUUGCGUAUAAUGGAUGUCAUUACAUUUACAACUUAGCGUAGAAUAUAAUUUGUCCAAUUAGUUGUUUACUAUACACACCGAACUUAAUUUCUGUUAUAACAUUGUAUUAAUUUCUCCUAACAUUGUAAGAAUUUUGUUGCAUUGUCAUUGCUGAAAUGACUAAAAUAAACAUUAUUUUACUAACUCUGUAAUGUGAUGAUGUUCCGG